AUGUCAGAUGCCUACUACCAACCAACUUCGUCCUCUUUGGCCUCAGCCGACAGCAUCUAUACUCCUCGCAUCCUUUUUCAAGUCACUGUCUCCAGAGAUCAUAGUGCAUUGCCCAGUCAAACCAUCUCUAGAGUCGUCACAAGACUCAGGGCCAUCAAUCCCAAAGAGGGCCCUAUCUCGAUUAACAGGAGCUCCAAUCUCGCCAGCAGCAAUAUAUACUCUCGUGGACAGCAUGAGCUAACUGACUCCCAGAAGGACGAGUACCAGAUACUGCUACUGGAUGAAAAAGACUAUCUCACACAAGUGGCCCAUGCUAUCCAUAACGAUGCACAGAUAGUGGAUAAGCAAAAUGCCAUCACAUUGAAAUCCAAGACCUACAAUGCUGACAAGAAAAAGGCCACCUCCAACCUGAAGUCCUAUCGCGGCUUCCAAAACUAUCUCUGUGACAGUUUCGAGUUUCAGCACAAUCUCACACAAUGCUUGCUUGUUCUGCAUCCUCCUCAUCCAACUGACAUCAUUGAAUCUUCAUCAGCCAAUCAGGCUGCAGCCAAUUAA